AUGCUUUUCAUCAUCCCGGAGAAAAAAAAUGUGAAGUUAAAGUCAGUUUUGACUGGUCUUAUUGACGAAUUUCCUUACCUUCGUGUUAGGGACGUAGCUCGUGUUUCUGGAUUUGUGAUUUCUCUUUCUGUUGCUUUGGGGCCUAUUGCUAGAUUAUUUACUAGACAAAUGUAUUUUUUCAUUCAAUUGCGACAUUCUUGGGAUGAUGUACUUGUUGCAACUGAAGGAGUUUUACAUGAAUUAAAAUUUUGGUUAAUGCAUGUAGAAGCGUUUAAUGGCUAUCCAAUAAAUAGACCUUUGUCGUCUAGCGUGGUUUUAACCUGCGAUGCCAGCGAGUCUGGUUAUGGUGCCCACAUCUCUUUUGGUGGUGAACGGAUGUUUUGUUCCGGAAUGUGGAGCUCUGUUGAGCGUGCUCUUAGCUCUUCUCUUCGUGAGUUACUGGCUGUUUACUUAGCCUUGAAAAGCUUUCAGAACUUUAUUAUUGGUAAGAAGGUUAAGAUCUUUUCAGAUAAUCAGAACGUUGUUCGUAUUGUACAUGCUGGGAGCAGUAUCAUACACUUGCAGCAGAUUGCUGUCGAUAUUUUUAGUUUUUGUAUGACUAACAGCGUGUCUUUUCAGGCUCAAUGGAUUCCUAGAGGUGACAACGAGCCGGCCGACUAUUUGAGUCGCAUCGUCGAUCCUGAUGACUGGAUGUUACAUCCUGAUUUGUUCAAGUUGAUUACAUUUAAGUGGGGUCCUUUUGAUGUUGACAGGAUGGCGUGCAGUUACAAUACUCAUUUGCUGUGAAAGGUUUGAACCCAGGAGUCAUUUCAAAAGGUUGAGUUUGAUCGUCCGGGUGAACGUAGUCCUGAAUAGGACUGUUGUUGUUGACAGUGACUGACGUUUCGACAACCUGUGCGGUAGUCAUCUUCAGAGUCAUUUGCCUCGUUGUAAUUCUAAGUUUUGGUGUCCUGGUACUGAAGCAGUGGAUUGCUUUACGCAGGAUUGGGGGAAAGAAUGUAACAAUUUUGUUUGUCCGCCUCCUCACUUAAUUAGCGCAGUAUUAUAUCACAUGGAAUCGUGUAAGGCUAAAGGCACUCUUGUUGUGCCAGAGUGGAAAUCUGCGCCUUUUUGGCCAUUGCUAUGUUUUUUUGAUCGUUCGCUUUUAUUUCAAGACUUUGUUAAGGAUUUUUGUUGUUUACCUAAAUCAUGUGAUAUGUUUAUUCCUGGUAGGGGUUCAUCUUUUGUUUAUUCUAACAAAAGGUCCGUUUUUUCUUGCAUGCCCAGGUUUAAUGUUCUCGCUCUUCGUCUGGAUUUUUCCUGCUAAGCGCGUUAUUUUUGAUUUCUUGAUUACACGUAUGCUCUUUUUUAUUUGUUUCUUCAUAUAGACGUUUUUCAAGCUGGAUUGUGGUCUCAGAGGUUUCAGCCUUUGUCUAACAAGUUGAAAGGCCUGGCCGACUCUCUUCCUGCUUUUGUACUUUGCUCUAAAGCCACGUCUUCCAAUGUUAAGUAUAAAAAUGCAUGGCUUAAUUGGAAAAAAUGGGAAAAGGAUAAUAUAGGCUAUAACCAGUUCCCCGUUUCACCUUUUUUGUUUUGUUUAUAUCUUAGAGAAAAAGUUGAAUCAUGUAAUUCUCCUGCACCUAUUGAAGCUGCUUUUUAUGCAGUUAGGUGGGCUCAUGAAAUUACCGGAGCUAGUUCUCCAACCGAAUGCAGUUUUGUUAAACAAGUAUUGGAAGCUUCUAAGCGUUUAUUGGGUAAACCUGUUCAAGGGAAACAGUCUGUUGACGUUGACUUAGUCACUAAAGUUGCAGAAAAAUUUAACACUCCUCAGGCUUCUAUUUCUAACCUCAGAACCUGUUUUAUAUUUAUUAUUGCUUUUGCUGGUCUCAUGCGGUGUGACGAAGUUAUUCGCAUCAACAGAAGUGAUAUUUCUAUUUUUUCUGAUCAUAUGUCAAUUUUUUGUCCUAAGCGUAAGAAUGAUCAACGUUCUCAAGGGCAUUUCUUUUAUUUUGCAAGGUCAGGCAAGAUUACAUGUCCUGUUUCCAUCACUGAAAAAAUGUUAUCUAAAUUGCCUGAUAAUCCUGUUCAGCCUUUAGUUUGCAGACUUUCAUCCAAACGCACUGCCCUUCAACAUUCUAUCUCUUAUUCUAGAGUUAGG